AUGGUCCCGUGGAGUCAUCCUAGCGGUAUUGCCUUUCGGUUUCUCUCUCUCCAAUAUCGAAACACUCCGGCCGUUCUUUUCCCCCGUUCAGCGACAGAAGAGGACCGCGACGUACCCGUUCCCCUCUCGCGGUCAUCUCUGCAAUUGCAUGCGGCACUGCUGCCACUUGAGCAUGCAGGAGAACACGCACUUGUGUUGAGGCCCCGCAUCGCGGCUUUUCGGUCCGCGUCACCUUUUCGCCGUGACACGUUCGGUCUUACCGUUUUCCACGGUCCAAGGGGGAAGGAGAAGCGGAGAAGGGGGAGACACACGAUUUUCUGCGGUCGAGGAAAGCUGAAACCGCCAGCUGUGCGGCCUCGGCGCUGCCUCGCUGGCCAAAACAGGAAGCUCGAAUUCAACCCUCGAGGUCAGGGGACCUCGUGGCUUCUCCCUAAGAGGAGAGUCGUAUUUCGACGCAGUUUGCUUCCGAAACGCGUGCGUCCAGGACCGGCUGCUGCGCAUCUGCGGCCUCCCAGACACAUUGGACCACCCGUUUCCUUCCCGUUUUCGCCCUCGGAUGCAGUUGCUGUGAGGUGUCCUUGGCGUCGAAGUGAAACUGCUCGUGCGUUUCACUUCCCGCUCCUGUGUCUUUCGUCUCGACAAGACAUUCAAUGGUUCCAACGAGUGGGGACGGAGUGUGGCCACGGGAGCUCGGGGAGCACACGCCUCUCUCCUUUCUCGACUUGUCCCUGUCUCCAGGUGCAGCCGGAGAAGACGAAGGCUUUGUCGGAGAGCGCAGCGCUCGCUCGUGCCUCACUGCUUUCGUUUCCGGCCGCCCCCCUCUCCGCAUGCAGACCAGGGACGUUUCCGUGGCAAGCACGUUGGAACGGGCAACACGCUGGGCCUCUCGACCGGCACCGAAAACACCUCGUCUCUGUCCCGGCGGGUUCCCGGUUUCUAGACACCGCAGCCGUGACAGAGAGGAGGCAGCGGAAACGACGCAUGCUGAGGAGAGAGCGUUUCGGUCCUUCAGUUGAAUUUGGCGUCUGCUCAACAGAACUUUCUCCCCGAGAGUCUCAAAGGAGGCGGAGGGAGACGCGUUCCUGCAUAGUAGUCUGCGUGUCGUGUCACGGGUUCGUCUCCCUCGUUUUUCUUGCGUACGUCGCUGUCUCGCGUGUCCCCGAUUGUUGUCGCCUGUCAAAGAAAAGAAUCCUCUCCUCGGAGGUCUUGUUUGUCUCCCUCGUCCAUCGCCAUUCUGCCUCGCUUGGAUGUGCGACAGGCCUUUUUCGUCGAAGCGAGGACGCAGGAUUUUUAGCGGACUUGCGCGGUUCUCGUCAACGGUCUGUGGCCUUCUUUUGUCAAGAACGGGGAGGGAAACCAAAGUUUGUUUCGGCUGAGCUCGUGAACGCGAGGGACCACCUCCCGGUGUGCGCGAUCUUUCCGCUUUCCCCUUUGGCGGCGGGGCCUUCGUCUCUUCUGUUUUCGUCUUGCUCUUCCCCCCCUUGGUGUGCACUGCCGAGGACGUGGUGCGCCAGUGCAUGCGAUUUCUGCCCGAGAAAAUCGCGGCACGCCACGUCCCUAGCCGCGACCGCCGCGACCGAGACAAAACCUCGUGCCGCCUCUUCACACGUUUUGGCUCAUGCAAGCGAGGUGGCCUCCGUCGUCUGUGCGCGCGUCCGUCUCGCUUCGUUCCGCUCUUCAGUUUUGUCUCUCGACCUCCCUGUCGAUGGCACGACUGCCGCACAAGUUAUCAGAGCUUCCGCCCUCCCGCAUUGUCUUUCUCCCUGCUCGCCGUCUCGCCCCGCUGCGUCUGCUCUCUUCCCUGCGCUUCCCCACGCACGGAUAAGGAAAUCGAUUUUCCGCUUUUUUGCUUGGCAAGCACGAGCGCGAGGCGGGGUUUCAGAGAGCCGAGACUCCCUCGCACCGCCGGUUGCGCUGGAGAUCGUUGGUUUCGAAAAUCCGGAAGCAAAACGGGUGAAAGAGGAAGAGAGACAGAGGCGAAUGACGGAAGCGCCGCAGGACAACGGAUGGUCCAGGCCACAGCCGUCAGUAGCUGCCGGUGUCAUGCCAGCUGUCUGUUCUCCGUCGUCUGACUGUUUGCUGGCUGACGGGCACGGCCCACGCGUUUCCUCUUUUCGCUUCCCUCCCACGCACUCGGGUCUUCCGGAGGCUCGCAUCACGGAAGACACAGACGUUCCGGACGUCUCCUCUUCUCCCUCUUCGUUUUCCGUCGAUUCGGUCUCUGCGAGCGCUGCAUGCAACCACGCUCUGCGGCGCCGGAAACUUCCGUCCCGGGGACUCAAACGCAGCCUGGCCUCUCUCUGGGUAGGCAACGGCUGCCUUCUUCUCUGUCUUCUUGCUGCUCUUCUUCUCCCACAGCCGGCGGGCGAACUCGACGGUGCAGGAACUCGGUGGGAGGGGGGGGAGGAGCCGGGGUUCAGGUGCCGCGUCGCUAGCUGCGGCGGAGACAGCGGACCGGCGAAAGACGGAGGGCGAGGCCGUGUCGCCUUCGCGGUGGACAGCGCACGAGGCAGCCUGGAGGAGACAGCUGGACCGCCGGCAGCGAGUGGCGGGAGACACGGGGGCAGAGCGAGAGGGGGGCGGGGCGCGUGUGGAGGCGCUUUUGAGGCAUCCCCUCUCGCCCAUGCAGAUCGCAAGAAUGUGUCCCUGGAGGCGCUGGCAGUGACCGUUUCGUCUUUAGAGAAAGCAGAACCUCGCGACGCACCGCCUUGUUUCCUCGCGUCGAGUGACUCUUUGUCUCGUGUCUCUUCGCGCCCCUCGUGGCGAAGGGGAACGGGGAGCCUGUCUUCACAGGGCGAAGAACCCCAUCGAGACUCGGCUUCUGGAAAAUCUGCUCAACAGAAGAAGACCGACUGCCGGAGAGCAAGGCCGAGCAUGGCCCGGAAGGAUACCGCCGGGGCACGUGCCCGACCUCGGACCGCAGCGGACCGAGGGGGUUCCCGAGAAGCGUUUCCUUCUUUUUCCUUGAAGGGCGACCGACUCCUCCCAUCUCUUCUUUUCUCGUCUCCUCUCCGCCACUCGCCUUUGCUCUCUGUGCGUCCUGUUCUCGCCCACUCGCUGUCUUGCCCAUCUUUGUCUUCAAAACGCCGGGGCAGACCGACAGCACGGCAGGAUCAUGAGGUGCCAGCGUACGCGCUCCCUGUCUUCUCUCUCCUCCACUCGCAGCCUCGCGACAUGCAGCCCAAACACGCCCGCGCCACAGCAGAUCCGGGAGGGGAGUUUUGCGCCGCUUCCGCGCCUGCCUCUUUGAACCUCUCCCCGUUUUCGGCGCUGUUUGACCAAGACGAACGCACACACGCCCUGCCGUGCCGAUCCGUUUCCUGUACCACCAUGUCACCUGCGGCGAGCGCAGUUCCACCCGCCAGCCGCCGGGAGCUCUCGGAGCCUGAGGGACGAGGAGGAACAGGAGACGCCCGUUCGGCUCCUCCGCCCGUGCCGAGUGCGAAUCUGUCUGUCUCUCGCAUGCAUGCAGAUCUGGAAGUGCCGCGUCCCGACCCGUCCUCCGGUGACGGUUCUUCCGUGGCGAAAGCAGGCGCCGGCUCACCUCGUGCACCUUCGUCUCUGUUCGUCAACGACGCUUCCAGCAACAAAACGCCGUUCGUCGCGCUUCCCGCUAGGUCGCCCACCCCACACGGGCCCCGCCAAGGCCGAGCGCGACUGCGGGAUGCAGGCAAAGGAGACAGUGGCGCCGAGAAGCCGCAGCCGGCCUCUGUGUCUUUUUUCUUGGGGAGAAGCAGGAGGGUCCGGAUGCGUGCGCAGACGCGCAAGGGAUCCGACAGCCAAGGCGGAGAGAGAGAAGGGGAAGAAAGUCAAGGAGCAAGAGAUGUGGGAAGCCGAAGCAGUGCAGUCUUUCUCUCGUCUCUCCGCAGCGCUAGCCGUCACCGCGGGGUCGUCGCCUCGCUCUCGCAAGCGACAUCAGUUCAAAAAGCGUUUGUAGAAAAAGACACGUGUCGCGAAUCUCUCCGAGGACCGGCCCCGUUUGUGGGGUCUUUCCACAGUGCCAGGUGUAUGUGUGCAUCGAGAGGGGUGGAUGCGCCAGGGAGGCUUCGUUCGGCCUGCGCGGCGGGCGAACGACAAGGUGCGCACUGCUGUGGAGGGGAAGGCGGAGGUCGAGGACAGAGAAGAAGGAAAGGACGAGGCGAUUCGAGUCAGACCAACGGAAGGCCACGUCGGAGCAGUGCAAGCGAAGCGCCGAGGGCGUCGAAUGCUUCACAUUCAAGUAACCGUGAAAACAGAGGCGAGGGGGAUCCUUGGGGUGCACAGACACCGCGCGGCACCGAGGCCACACAGACUGGGGCCCCGCAGGAAUCCUCUGACUCUUAUCCCCAGUUGGUUUCGAAUGUAAGACGCGAGUGCCUUUCCGAGGGCGAAGCAAGUCGUGAAUUCUCCAGUCCCCCGUCAUCCGCCUCCUCACUUUCGCACUCGCACGGCAUCCCUUCUUCCUCUACCUCUUCAGGCAGCCUCGCACUGCACCACCCUUCUGCUCUUCCUUCUUCUCUGCGGUCGGCGACUUUCUCGCCACAGCUCGCCGCAGUUGUUGCGACGGCUGCGGCGGUCGUCCGUUCGUCCUUCCCAAAUGUCUUGCAUGCGUCGGCUGUCUCUUCGCCGCCCUCGCCAGGCCGCAGCGAUGAAGGGGGCUUUCCAGGGGAGUCUCGCGCGCUGGCCUCUCUUCCGGAGCGGAACGAGAGGCGAGCAGAGACAGAAGAUGAGACAUCGGGAGACGCGAUGGAGAGGACGCGAGCGUCUCCGGCAGUUGAGGAUUCCGCACCCCACACGGCGACCUUCACGUCGAGGAACGGGGUCGGAGACAGCUGGACGGAUCGCCCAGAUCUCGCUCAUCCUGCUGCCUUUUCCCCCUCUGGCGUCUCGUCUGCCUCCUUCGCUUCCCCUGUCUUCUCAGUCGAGACUGGAGGGGCUUCCAGUGAUCAAGGUUCCCACUUGUCUGUGUUGGAAGAGGAGAGACGGCUCGCGAAAGAGUUGCGUGGGGUGCAACGGGAAACGCGAGGGCCAACGUCCCCGCCCGCGCGUCUUCUCGCGGAUUCUCCUCUUCUCUCCGCUGAGGCGGCUUCGCUCUCCGAUCCGCGACUCGCGCCUCCCGGGCGGGCAGUCUUUCGAGAUUCGUCUCUCGAAGGGCGCGAAGCCCAGAUUUUGGAAGCGGAGGACAGGCUGUCGUCCGCCGGGUCGUCUCAGCCCGCCUCCGGUGCCGAGGCGCCAGGCACGCCCCGUCAGGCGUCGCAGACGCCAGGAAAGACAGGAGUCGUGCUCGGGUUCGCUGCCUCUGAACCUCUGGCUGCUCUUGACCUGCGCGACAGUGGACGCGAAGAAGAGAGAGCGACGGUUGAGCGCGGCGCAGGCAGCGGCAUUCGGACGCCGAAGAGUCAGCACGAGACUCCGGAGACGCAUGAAGCGCACGAGAGUGGACAGGUGGGCUCCAGUGCGUGGUCCACUGUCUCAGCUGCUGCGCCGCCUGUUGCUUUGUUUGCGGCGUCGUCCUCGUCGAUUGUGCCCCACCACGCGACGGGGUCGGCCGCGUCGCGGGGGCAACGCGAGGAGAGCAGCCGAGGGCAGCCCGGAGACGCGCCCGAGAGCCGCCUCUCUUCUCCGCCUUCGUCGCUCCUCGAGGACCGGGAGCGAGGCGGCCGCAGAGAAGGCGACAAGCGCGCGCUCCAGAGCCUCAUUGUGCUGUCCAUCACGGGCGACUUGUACCACGUGACGACGAACGGAUCGUUUGUUUGGCAGCGGAGUCUCGGCUCUUCCCUGGCGACUGCGUUCGACCUGGAGCCUCUGUCGACUUCCUCCGAUGACGAGCCGCGACUCGAGCGAGGGGCGUCUUCGCAGGGGCGAGGAGACAGGGGCGAGGCGCACAGAGCAAAGAGUCCUGGAGAGAACGUGGGCGAGGGUCAGGACCGGAACGGGGGGAAGGUCAACGUGGAGGGGAAAGCGACCAGUGAACUCGCGCAGACGGGGCUAGGCCGCAGGCUGUUGCCUGCGCACGACGGCAGUCUCUUCUUUCUCGACGACGACGGAUCGCUCACGGCUCUCCACGUGAGCAUCCCCGAAGUCGUCAACCACCUCCCCUUCCAGGCGCCUCUCUUUCCCCACGUCUAUUUCACUGGCGAGCGCGAAGUGCGUGUGACGGCGCUCGACCUCGAGACGGGCCAGCCUAUCGCGGGGCGCCGGAGGCCGGUACCCCGCGGGAAGUUCGCAAAGCGGCGCGGCCGCAGAGACGCGCGGGGGCGCCGAGCCCGCAGGGCGCACGCGCGGGACGCGCAGCGACAGGAAGGACGCGACAAGCUGGCGGCCCGCGAAGAAGUCCACGUCCUCGACGACGGCUCGCGGCGGGUCCGCAGAGACCGCAGUCGAGAGCAACCCUUCGUGUUUGAAAGCCUGUCGCUCGCGCCAAGAGCCGACGACAUCGAGGAGACCAAGCCGCAGGAGACGCAGGAGACUUCGGACGAAGACAGCGAAGAAGAGUCCGAAGACGAGCCCCGGCAACUCCAGUUCGGCGUGACUGUCUGGAGGCUCUGGGCGGUCGACAACAAAACGCACACAACUCAGUGGGGACUUAAGUGGGUGGAGGUCGACGCGCUGGGCUCCCUGGCGGGGCCUGGUGCAACUCCGAGCUCGAUGGUUGCGCAUUUGCGGAACAUUCUUCGCGUGGACGACGACAAGUUGUAUCUUCUCCCGUCGCCCUCUUUCUCCUCGCCGUUGGGGCGCGUGUCGGAGGCGAAGCCUGCAAACGCAAGGUCGGGGCCAGAGAGGUCGCGAGACUGGGCGUUUGCCGGUGGCGCGUCCGCGGCGACUCCCGAGGAAGAGCGGCUGACUCAACUCCACGGCGCCCGUCCGUCGGCUGCGUCCUUCCCGCCCUCCUUCGCGCCCUUCACGUCGACCUCGACUCAGACCUCGGCGCCUCUCUUCCUCAAAUUUCCUGCACCAAUUGCGGCAGUGUACGUGGUGGGGCCGCCAGGCGGCGAGGCCGAGAGGGUGUUCGAGGCUGCGGCUCCUGCAAGAAGCGAGGGCGAGGAAAGCAUCUCCCAAGACUCCCGCGUCGUCGUUCUCUCGGAGCAUGAGGACGGAGGCGAGAACGGGCCGCGCGCCGCUGCGGAGCGCGUUCGGCCGUGGGGCGGAGACGCGGGAGACACAGGGCGGACCGGAGACACAGGACGGAGACAGCGCGGCCCCGCGAAGUCUCGCCGAAAGGCCGGGACAGUUGCCCCUCUGGUCACCUUGGAAUGCAUCGUCCGGCAGUGGGGAGGAGGCGCGUCAGCUCUUCCUUUCGCCUACGUCCCGUCCCACCAUCACGCUGUGCGAGGGGACCGAGAAGGCUUUCCGUCCUUUCCUUCCUUCGCGUUUCCGUACCCGCCCCCGAACGCCGCGCACGCCUACGCCUCGCUUUUGCUCCCGUCGAUGCGGGGACUGGGCGGCCCUGCGCCCUCCCUGGCCUCUCAUCCGCUUCCGCCGGGGGCCUCGGGGCUCCUGCUGCCUGCGAAUCGGCAGGGCCCGGGAUUCGACGCCCUCGUGCUGCGAGACCGGAAGAGCAGAGAAGUUGCGUUGCCCGCGCCGCCAGCCGUGAACUACUUGGAAGACUUGAAGGAUCCGCCGGGCGAGGACGCGCAUGCAGGCGGUCAAAUUCAAGAGGCGGGGAAAGGCCGAGUCCAGGCGUCUGGGGACGGCGGGCGAUCCCACAGUCUUCUGCCGCCGUUUUCUCUGCCCACGUCCCUUGCGUCGUCUUCCCUCGUCCCCACCGAGGAUCGCUCCCCCCUCUCCGCUGCGUUUUCUUCCGUGUCUUCGUUUUCUUCCGCACCCUCGGCGGCGCGUGCAGCCGGCAGUCAGGGCGUCGUCUCGCCGUACAUGUUGCACAACUUCCGCGCCCCGGCGCCGGUCCAGCCCGUCCGGCUCUCCCACCCCGACGCGUUUUCUUCGCAGGUGACGCUCUCGGGCGACUGGGGGAGCUCCGAAUUCUCUCUCGAUUCGCGUCUCCAGACAGAAGGAAGCGGCGAGGGGCAGAAGCAGACGCGGGGCGAAGGCUUCGGCGAGGAAGAGCGCGGCGACAGCGGGUCACUCGCUGCUCUUCCGGACAGACAGGGGCUCAGUGCAAAUAGGGCGAGAGGCGAGAGAGAGACAGCCGGGAAACACAGCUUGCUUUCUCCUCCACUGGGAGAGGAAGGCUGCCGAGACGGGGGGGAGCAGCGCGAUUCGGACCCGCAAGGCGUGCCGGAGGAGGAACAGAAGGGAAAAGAGGCACAAACGAAGACAGCCACGGCUGCAUGGAGCAGCGUCGAGCGGUCGAACGCCGCCCCGCGAUUCGAUCACCAAGAGGAACGCGCGCCCUCGCAGACUGUCGGGGGUGGAGCCCUACCCGACGACCACGGGACGCUCGCGCCGCCCCUGUACGGGGUUCCGCCCUCUCAGCUUCCGGCUUUGUAUGGAGCCUUCGACGCGGCUCCACUCUCAUUUAAUCCCGUCCUCUCGCCUGUUCUCUCUAUGCUGCGGCGGUGGGUAGGCAGGCUGGCCCGGCCCUCGUCGCGCUUCUUCUCGCUUCCUCUUCUCUCUCCUAGGUUCGACGGUGUCGACCGGGACGCCUCGCCCUUGCGACCCGAGGACAGCGUCGCUGCGAACGCACGGAGACAAACGGAGGAGACAGACCAGGCGACCGUGUGUGGGGUGGAAGACCGUGAGGCGGCGCCGCGCAGCUCCGCCCUGUUCUUCCCCUCUGCUUCCCUGAACUUCUUAUCGCCCGCCUCGCCUCGCUGGCUCACCCCACACGCGCAGGCUCCUCCGAACUACGUCGUGUCGCUGCGACCGGAGACACGGCGAGGCGACCGCCGCGAGUGUGGGGCAGCGGGGCGCCGAGGGGCCUCUUCCUUUGAGGGCGGGCCCGAGCCGCAGGCGUCUCCCGAGGCGCCGGCCUCGUGGGAUCAGGAUCCGCUCCUCGCUGCAAGCUGGACGACGCGAAUUCUCUUCCUCCUCGCCGCCGCAUCUUCGGUGCUCGUCUUUCUUCGCUUCCGAGGCGUUCUCUCUGGCGCGCUGGCCGGGGUUGUCGCUGUCGUCUCCGUCGCCGGAGGGCGGCACAUGUGGCGACAGUACACCCGUUUCCUCCUUCUUCUCCCUCCACAUCUGCGAUCCCUCGCGCCCUACUCCGAGGAAGACGGACUCGACGCGGAAGAAGAGCGAGAAGGGGACGCUUCUGUCGGGCGUUGCCCGAUGGGAAUGCAGCCAAUGGAGGCAGAGGAGAGACGUAGGGCAGGGCCGAAGGGAAACGAGGAAAGCCGCCACUCCAGUGGGGGUGCGGCGCGCCCCGGGGCGUGGAGCGGCUCUUCCGAUCCGGUCCCGCUUUCUCGCCCUCCUUCUCUCCCUCUUCCUUCGCCGGUUUGGGGGACACCGCUGACUUCCAACACGCCCGGGACCAAACAUCUCGAAUCUGAGCAUUUCCCAGCCUCGCCCGUCGGCGCGAGCGCACAGAGUGUUUUGUCUCCGGCGGCGCGCGCCCUCGAGGCCCGGGAGGCUCCAGGCGGGCGCUACGCUAGUUGGGCUUUUUCCGGCGACGAGACGGGUCUCGGGCCCGCUGACGGGGCGGGGCCCAGUCGUCGGACCAUGAGUGCGACCGCGUGGACAAGCGAGCGUCCAGGUCGCGGGGAGGCGUUGCCGUUGGAAGACGACCAGAGAUGUCAGGACCGUAAAUUUGAGGGGGGCUCAGCUUCUCGCGGGGCGACAGAGCCAGCACCUCUGCCUGCCCUGACAGGGGACUUGGCGGACGACAUGAAGAGACUCGCGAUGGCUUUGGAGAGCAGAGCGAGAAACCACGACGGCGGCCCGGAAGGCGAGAGCCGAGGAGACAGUGGCAACCAAACGCCCAUGUACAGCUGUCGAACGGCGUCGUCUGCGUCGCUGUCAUCCCAGGAAGAGAGCGAGCGGCAGAACGGACGCGAACCCUUCGGAGACACGCCAGGCCGGGGGCCCGCAACGGCGGCGGGGUCCGGUCUCCAGAUUCCUGGUGGAGACGAUCCUUUCCUCCGUCCGUCUCUCCGCCCAGGCCGCGCCGUGGAACAGCCUUCUCGAGGGACAGCAGAACGCGAGGGCCUGGGCGACGGCCCUGGGGCUGCCGGGCACCCGCUGCCGUCUGGCGAGUUUGGGGUCUCCGCGUCGGGCUCCGACCUUGCUGCGGUCGCGCCUCCGCCAGGCGCGCUGAGGCUGUUGCCCCGGGAAGGCCAGGCGCGGAGGAGUUCGGACUCGCCCGUCCUCCAGACUUUGUCGCUGUUUGCGUUCCCGGGGCAGGGCGACGUCCGGUUUUACCGGAAAGGCAGCUCAGCAGCUGCAAGCAACGGGGGGGCUGUAGAGUCUUCGUUUGUCGCGACGUCAGACGAGAAAACGCAGCAGAGCGCCCGUCUCCCGUCACACGGGCUGUCGGGGUCUUCCGCGGUGGACGUUCCAAGCGAUGAUUUUGCGCCGCAGUCGCCUUUGGCGGUUUCUUCUUCUCGCUCCACCGGCGAGCGAAAGUACCGUGCGCGAGCCCCGUCGUCACCGUGGGAACUGACAGGAGACCGGGUGCAGAGCUCGCCGUUCAUGGCAGGGAUCCGCGCUCGGGACGUCGACGCGGCCUCGAUUCUCCCGCAGCCUCUGGAACCCGCGGGGCUUCCCAGCCCUCUGCCUGCGUUGCCGGACAGGGCGGACGCGUGGCGCGGCGCUCGCGGGGAGACAGGCUUGCUUCCGGGAAGGGCCGGAGCGCCAGGAGACAUCCACCGGAGCGGAUUCGGGGGGGCCGUCGAGGGGCGAGGCGGGCGCGCCCUGGGGGCCGGGGAGGACUCCUGGGAGCUCAGGGGUCCUAGGAGCGCAGAAGGCGACGAAGAGCGGCGGGGAGUGAGCGAGCACGACGAUGCGUCGGCCUUGGGUUCCGGCGGGAAUCAGGGAGGCGAGAGACAAGUUGAGAGGCAGACCGCCACUCCCAUCUACCUCCCUGGAGGCCGCAUGGGAGGCGGCUCCACCGGGGAGAGUUUCAGCACAGAAGAGUGGCAGAGACUCAUGUUCCGACGAGCAGGCCGACGAUGCAACUCUGUGGGCCAGCUGACAGCGUAUGGCGGGGGACACUUGACGAGAGGCGACGGGACCUUUCCCCGUGCGGGUUUGCCGAACCCCGUGCAUCCUGCCCCGUCUUCCGCGGUCCCCGUCGCCGAGGCGGGGUUGACGCCUCAGAGCGAUGUCCUCCCGGUCCGGCCUGGGGCCGCGGUCCUUUCGCCUCGCUCGCGAGUGCUGAUGGACGAUGAGAGACUCGAGAACAGUGGGCUGAGUUUAAUUCGGCAAGAGGCGGCGAGGCUGCUUGCGGCCCAAGCUUCAGGCGAGUUGCCUCAUCCUGGCAAAGACGUCGACUCCGCUUCCUCCAGUUCGCCCUCAGUGAGAGCUUCGCCGUCUCCACCUGCGACCGCUCCUCUUCUUCCCGCGGCCGUUCACGAGGCGACUCAGGAUAUCCACGCCGUCAGUCUGCCGCCGGGAGGAGACGCCGAGGAACGUGCGGGCCCAGAGAAUGGAGGCCAGGCGCACGCCUCAGUCGCGCAGUCUCCGACCAUGCACCCUUCGCCGAUCGGACGCCCCGGAGGCUUCGCCCUCAACGUGGACGAGGCACGCAGAGGGUUGCGGUCGCACGCCGAGGCCCUAAAGGCGCUGGAGGCACUCUCCGGUGUCACGACAGCGUACGUCGGAAGCGCUGCAGGCAGCGUAGAGUCUUCGUCGAGCAGCGCGACCGGAUCGAUUCCCACCGCGGGAAACGACGUCGCUGGCCUCCUCGGUCCUUCCGGACUGCCUCUCACGAGCGCCGCCAGGCUGCUGUUGGAAGCGGGGGGAGACCCCACUCGCGUCGAGCAGGACGGCAAACCGCUCAGAGUCGGCGGCGCGGGGACGCAGGAAGCCCUCGCGGCCGCGGGCGCAGCGCGUCGGGGCGACGGCGGGCUCCGACCCACGGGUGCUAACGGAGGGACAGAGACCAGGGAAACGGAAACGGGUUCUGUGGAAACUGCCGAGUGUGAAGAGGCAACCGCGGCGGCGCUGCCGCCGCCUGCCGCGCUGCCAGUUGACGGGGCUGGAGCGACCGACGUCGGCGUCGUUCGGGCGGGGCCGAACGUUCCCCAGGUCGCCGUCGUGGCGCCGUCGUCCCCAGUGCCGACCAAGAUCGACCGCGGCAUUCCGCCGGACUCGAGUCUAGCCAAGCUGCUGGAAAACGGACGCUUCGAACGGACCUUCAGCAUUCAGAAACUCGUCGGCCAGGGCGGCUUCGGCGUCGUCUAUCAGGUGCGCCAUCUCUUGGAGCCGGGCCAUCCAAUCUACGCCGUGAAACUCAUCCUGCUGCGUCUUUCCUUGAGUGAAGAUAUCUCGCUUCGCAGGGAUUUCCGCGAAGUAGCCGCCAACCGGGACCUCUACUCCAAGCACGUCGUCCGCUACUACACGUGGUGGUGUGAAGAGCCGCGUUUCCUCCCAGUCGAGUCGCUCGGAGGCAGCCGCGGGGCGUUGACCGAUCGCCGCGUGGACAGCUCUUCAGCAGUCUGCGACUCGGGCCCUCCGGCGUCUGCGGGCGUCACCACGUUGAGCAUCUCGCCGGUGCAACAGGACAGCGCGCGUUUGUCGAGCAGUCACUGGACCGGGCGGGACGGACGAGAGGCGCUGCCACGAACGAGGGCGAACCGUCGCGCACUUUGCGAGGCCUCUGGGAAGGACGCGGGGCGAGGACGCGGGCGUGACCAGUUGUCCUCGAACUUCCUGGCGUACUACCAGCGGGAAGAGUACAAAAGGCUCGCAGGUCGUCGCGGGCGACAAACACCGAAUCAGGUGACGGUCGACGUCGAUGGAUAUCCAAUGGAGUCUUCCGCCAAGGCUGCCCGAGGCUGGAGCUCGAGCGACGCCACCAGCCUUGCCAGUACGAGCACCCGACGGCGCGGAACGGCUGAGGGAGAUGAACUCAUCGCCAGGUCACAGAAUUCUCGCCCGUCUUUGGAAGCCAGAGACGAGGUGCUGGAGCGGCGGCGCCGUGGUUCGUUCCCUGUCGUGUCUUCGCGGUGCAUGCGCGACGGGACUCUCUUGUCCGCGGAUCUCCGAGAAGACUCUGUGGGGUCCUCCGACGCUUCCGAGUCGCCAGUGCGGAGUGCGUCGGCCGACGAACGUUUCUCGAGGGAGGACGGCAGCGAGAGAAGUCGCCGCUCGUCUCUGCCCGAUCCUGUCCCGUCCGCCAGCUCGUACCGAGACCAGCGAAGGCGUUCGAAAGGCGAGAAUCCCCGCCCGCGCCGCUCUUCCUUGUUCUCUCCUGGCCAGUCAGAGCGCGUACGCAGGCGCGCGACCGACCUCGGAGGCGACGUGCGAGCCGAGCGAGGCCGACGAGGAUCGGACAGCUCCUGCACAUCGGAGGGUAACGCAGACCUUUCGUCUUGGUGUUCACGCUGUGACAAGCAGAGGGCGGGGCGGCCGCAGUCGGUUCCCUCUGCGACGAAGCGCAGGCGAGCGUUCUCGAUUCCGGCUUUGAAGGAGCGCCAGGAGGACAAGGAAGACGAAUCCUUUCCCUUUUGGUUUUUCGAAGAAGACGAGGACACCUUCUUGGGCCACGGCCGGAACGAGGAAACGAACGGCGGGCGUCCCGCGGGCGCACGCACGCGCGCGCACCGGCUUCUCUGCUUCUCGGGCGACUCGUUCUCCGACGCGGAGUGUACAUACACCAAUGCGGGUCCAGACGCGUUCUGGGGCGACGCGCGCGCGGGGCCGCGGUCCCUGGAGGCCGCGCCCGGGUGUACCUGCCGGUGGACGAGUGGCGAGGAGACAGACGGCGCGGGUGAGAACGGGAAGAGGGAGAGACCGGCAGGAGCGCGAGACGCGGCGAAGCGCAGAGGGAACAAGCGAGAAGGUCGCGAGAGGCGCGGGAAAGAGGAGACGCGAAAUGCGGAGCGGGCGAAGGAGACGCUGCGUGCGCGUGCGCAAGAGUGGAGCGGACCCGAUGUCUCCUUCGACAUGAAUUGUUACCUGAACACGCAAGAGCGAGACAUGAUUAUCUUCGAGGAUGGAAACAGCACAGAGUCGCAUCCCUCGGCCGCUUCCGGAUCCCACGGCCCUGGCGCGUCUCUCGGAAACCAAGGCAGACUGUCGCCGUCCACGAAAGGACGCGCCUGCGGUGUCUCCGGGGGCAAGCGGAUACCGGAAGGCAAAGCGAAGACGGAGGGUUCUCUCGGCAGAAGGGAAGGACGCACGCGAAAAGAUCUGCUCGAGGCGUUCCCAGCGGAACUCGCGAAGGUGAAGCGCAAUGGUCUAGAACCCCCCGCGAAGGAAACGCUGUAUCCGGUCGUCCUUCUCAUCCAGAUGGAAAUGUGCAACGGCGUCACGCUGCGCGAGUGGCUGGAGAGGAAGGACAGAAGCACAGUCGCCAUGGGCUUUGUCCCCAGCAACAAAAACCGAUGGCACUCCAUGGAACUCGAACUCUUCAAGCAGCUCAUGAAGGGGAUUCGCGACAUCCAUGAAAGAGGCAUUGUGCAUCGCGAUCUGAAGCCCGAGAACAUCUUCGUGGAUCCCAACACCCUGGUUCUGAAGAUCGUCGACUUUGGUUUGGCGAAAUUCAUUCAAAGAGAAAACACAACCGGCAGCGCGGCAGCGGGAGGGCCGUCUGCGACCGGCGCUGUGGAGGCUCUGGGAGUCUCUGCGGUGCCAGGCGAAGGCCACGAGAUGGCUGGGGACAGACAUCGAGAGAAACAGAGACAGAAAAUCAAGGGACUCCUCGCGAGAGCACGCCGCAUGGGCAAGAAUAUGGAAAUGUCGUAUAAAGGAGAGGUGAUCGGCACUCCAGCGUAUGCAGCUCCGGAAGGAGGCGGCCUGUGCGACGAGAAGGCUGACAUCUACUCGAGCGCUCUGAUUCUUUUGGAACUUCUCUGUCCCCGUUUCAAUACCGUGAUGGAGCGAGUCAAGACACUCGAGGACUUCAAGACGAACUACGCUGUGCCGGAACACAUUCGCCUCCAUCUGCAUCCGUGGUAUCUCCUGAUGAAGGAGAUGGCGCGGCCGGAACCUCAGCACCGGCCGUCGGCUUACGCGGUGCUGAAGCACGUGAAGAUGUUGUUGACCCCGCCUCCAGGCGAUCUGCAGUCUCAGCGGGUGAUGCUUCUGUAUCCUGACCCUGCGUCUCCGCAACUGGGUACCUCGUCGUCUUCCGCUGCGCUCGCCUCUCUUCUCCCGUCGUCUUCUUCCUCGCCGGGUUUAGAGCCGUCGGCCUUUGCGGCUGUCGAGCCUCCGGCCUUCCCCGCACCGGUGGAGCGCGCAUCGCCCUUCUCGUCUUCUUCAUCGUCGGCGGGAGCGGUGGAGAGUCUUUGUUUUUCUGUGCAAGGCGAUCGUGAGUCUUCAUCGGCUGAAGAGCCCUAA